AUGGCACCCUAUGAGGCGCUAUAUGGAAGGAAAUGCAGAUCACCUGUUCAUUGGAAUGAAGUUGGUGAGCGGAAGAUUUUGGGUCCAGAGAUUGUGGAACAAACUGUACAAGCCAUUGAAAAGAUCAAAGAUAGUGUGAAGAAGGCUCAAGAUAGACAGAAAAACUAUCAACAUCAUUCAGUUGAAGAAGCAACAUGGGAGCGCGAGGACGAUAUGCGAUCCAAAUAUCCCCAGCUGUUUGAUGACGAGAAGCCUGCUCCUACAACUCCAUCUAUAAAUGUUGGCGUGGUCAUCCGUGAUGAGCACGACCUUAAUGAUAUUCAUGUUCAUGCGGCUUUGUAUGAUGGGAAUAAUGAUCAAUCAAAAUCCUUUCGAAGUUAUACUCGAGUGUACAAUGCAGCCAAUGCUUUUACGAGUCUUGGUGCUACAUUAGAUCCUAGAGUACUCAAUGGAAUGGGCCCUACAUCAUUCACAAUUCAUGGGGAAUUGCGACAUCGAACAGGAUCACUACAACCACAACCAGGGAUAGAAGCAAGUUAUGCUCAACUGUAUAUCUAUGACCCUGAUUCAGCUUUAGAAAUUCGUAAUCGUAGAAAUCCUAUCUUGAGAAGGGAUGUUCUCAAAAUUAUUCAGGAUAGUUUGUUGCAAGUCAAUGUAUUUGUAGAUAAAUUUUGCCAAGCUCAUGCUAUUUUAUAUCAUUUAGACUCGGCGGGACACAAUUUACCUGCUCAUCUUCAUUACAAUUCAAGAACUGAUCGACGUCGAUAUAACCUACCAACUGCAUAUGAGAUUGCAAUUGUAAUACCGGGUGAUGGAACAGAAGUUAGUGGAAUGAGAGAUAUUAUCUUACAUUUUCGAGGAAAUAAUGAGUUGAUGCAAAUUAAUGAAUGUCACCCAGCAUACCUGCCAUUACAUUAUGUUCUAUUAUUUCCAUAUGAUGCUUGGGCUGCAACUGAGCAAAAUCGAUUGACAUACUACAAGCUUAAUCAAGGGAAACUUCGGGCUGAGCUUUACCAAGAGUUGUCAGAUAUGGAUCCAGAUUAUGUGCGACCUGGUCAAAUUGGUCAAAGGUAUAUUGGACCUCUAGAAGCUGCUUGGCGAAUAUUUGGUCAUCCUUUGCAUGCAGAGAUGCCAACAGUUAUACGAUUAGCACUUCAUUUACCUGGAAUGCAUCGUGUUAUUUUUAACCCAGAAGAGUCGUUAGAAACGAUUCAAUCUAGAGCUGGUCAACAAAUGUCAACUCUUACUGGUUUUUUUGCAUAUUGUGCUGGCAGUGAAGAUGAAUGUCCAUUCACUUAUCAAGAAUUUUCACAGCAUUAUGUUUGGCUCAAGUCGGAAAAGAGAUGGAAAUCAAGAGAAAGGGGAUAUGCAAUUGGUAAAAUGUACUUUGCUAGCCAUAAUUGUGGUGAAAGAUUUUAUCUGCGUUUGUUACUAACCGUUGUCAAAGGACCAAAGUCGUUUCGGUCUUUACGCACGAUCGAUAAUGUUGUGCAUGAUACAUUUAAAUUAGCAUGUGUUGCAAGGGGGCUUUUAGAAGAUGAUGAAGAAUGGAUACAAUGCUUGAAAGAGGCAGCAGUUAUGAAAACUGGAUAUCAAUUGAGGAGAUUGUUUAGUAUUAUUCUCACCCAGUGCUCUCCACUAAAUCCAUGUGCAUUAUGGAAUCAAUUCUCAAUGCAUAUAUGUGAUGACCUUGCACAUAAGAUUCGUACAUUGUUUGCCAUUUCUAACCCAACUGAUGCUCAAAUUGAAGAUUAUGGUCUCCAUCUUUUGAAUCAAAUGCUUCAUGAAUCAGGCAAAAGUUUAAUUGACUUUCCACUCAUGCCACAAGUUAUUGGAAAUUGGAGUGUAGUAGUUGGUAAUCGAUUGAUAUUCGAACAUCGACAACUGCAAAGUGAGGCACAACAGGCAGAUCCACAAAUUUCUAUUGAUUGUCUCAACAAUGGACAGUGGAAUGCUUAUAACACAAUCACUUCUUCAGUUUUUCAAAAUAAAGGAGUUGUUUUCUUUCUGAAUGGGGGUGCUGGAACAGGGAAAACAUUUUUGUACAAUACGAUAACAUUAAAAUGUCGCAACCUUGGGUAUAUCGUUAUUACUGUGGCUUCAUCUGGAAUUGCAUCAUUGUUACUGGUCGGAGGUCGUACUACACAUUCAACAUUUUCCAUCCCGUUAGAUGUGUUGGAAAAUUCAAAUUGUGGGCUUAGCAAACAAUCAUUGCAAGCUGAGUUAUUUAGAGAAACAAAACUCAUAAUUUGGGAUGAAGUUCCGAUGCAACAUAGACAUUGUGUUGAGGCGGUUGAUCGUACAUUGAGGGAUAUUUGUGAUAGUGAAAAGCCAUUUGGGGGUAUUACUGUUGUUCUUGGUGGAGACUUUCGACAAAUCUUACCAGUUAUACCCAAAGGAGUUCGUGAGCAAAUUGUGAAUGCAUCAUUAAGACAUUCUGUUCUAUGGAAGCAUAUACAUAUUUUAACUUUGGAUUUGAAUAUGCGCUUGAAUCAUGAAGGUCGUGAAAAUGCUAAUUUUGCAAAUUUCUUGAUGGAGAUUGGGACCAAUCCUCAAGAAAUCGUUAACCUUCCAUCAACAAUACACAAAUGGAGAUUAUAUACUUAUCUUGCAGCAGAUAAAAUGUCUGGAGAUAAUGAAAUUGAUCCUACCAUUACAAAUAGAUAUCCUAAUGAAUAUUUAAAUUCAUUGGAUCCUCCUGGGUUGCCAACUUUUAAGUUAGAGUUGAAGGUGGGUUGUCCUAUAAUAUUGUUGAGAAACAUUGCACCAAAAGAUGGACUAUGUAAUGGUACAAGAUUGAUGGUUAUUAGGUGCGACACUCGCAUAAUUGAAGCUCAAAUUUUAACUGGAGAAAAGUUUGGUAAUUUGGCAUUUAUACCAAGGAUAUCUUUGGCACCAUCUUCUUCAGAAACGCCUUUCCAAAUGACAAGACAUCAAUUUCCUGUCCGAUUGGCAUAUGCGUUGACCAUUAAUAAAUCUCAAGGACAAUCUGUGAAAUUUGUUGGGGUUGAUUUGCGCAUACCAGUUUUUAGCCAUGGACAAUUAUAUGUGGCAUUAUCUAGAUGUACAUCAUUUGAUCGUAUAAGUAUUCUGCUCCCUAAAGAUUGUUUGGAUUCUACUACAAAUAUUGUUUAUUCUGAAGUGUUGUUGUAG